CGGGUUUACCUCAUUUGUACCCCCUUCUAGUAUGAUAAUGAUGUCGUCAACCAUGAGUUCAAUCAAGGGUCCAUCCAGUGCUCAAUUCAAUGGCUCUAGUUUACGUAUCGCCAUCGUGCAUGCGCGAUGGAACAAGACUGUCAUUGAUUCACUUUUGGCGGGCACAAUCGACAAGCUGAAAGCAUGCGGGGUUAAGGACUCCAACAUCGUUGUCCAGUCUGUCCCUGGUAGUUUCGAACUUCCUUUCGCGUGCUCGAAAGUGAUUGCAGGAUCUCGUGUUCAAACGGCCACAUCUUCUGGCGAUCUGCUCGGGUUGAGCUUCGGCGAUUCUUCGACAUCACUUCCAUCCAACAAGGAACUUUCUGCUCCCACUUCGACACUUGCAAACAUACCAAACGCUCCAUUUGAUGCAGUAGUAGCCAUUGGUGUCUUGAUCAAGGGCUCUACGAUGCACUUUGAGUAUAUCUGCGACAGCGUUUCUCACGCCCUCAUGAAAAUCCAGAUUGACACAGGUGUCCCUGUGAUCUUUGGUGUCCUAACAGCACUCACAGAGGACCAAGCAUUGGAACGAGCUGGUCUCGGCAGAGGGGCAGAGAAGGGUCACAAUCAUGGCGAGGACUGGGGACUUGCAGCCGUGGAGAUGGGAGUACAGAGCAGACGAUGGGCUGAAGGGAAAUUCCUUUGAUAUUGAUGGGUCGUGGGCCGCGGCUACUCAAUAUCACUUGUGCGUCAACUCCCAAUCUUUCUUGAACACCGAGGCGAGCGCUCUGAUUGAUGUAAAAGGUCUCGGUUGUAAUUGAUAGCGACUAUACCCCAGAUUUUCAGAAGUAACAAUAACUCAGACGCCGUGUCUGAUUUCAGAUAACUGCGAAAGCAUUCUGUUGUCAGGUUAUCAGUGCAGCAACCUUCUAGCGGUUGUCAUUCCUUCUAGGCCUUG